AUGAAACAUCUUCCAAAGCGUCCUCAUGUAAGGCCUAUUGUAAUAAAUAAAUUAAGGAUCAUGCAGAUAAUAGUUGGUAUCAUAACAGUGAUUAUAACAGUUUCUGUCUUUCAAUUAUUGCCAAAUGUAAAUAGUUUCCCGCCAACUCCACGCAGACCGCUAUUUUUUAAUUUACCCGUGCAUACGUCAAACGAUUCAACUACGUUAAACAUUGAUUUUCAUAAAAUUAUUUUUGUAAUUUCAUUAAUUCCUAAUGAAUCUUGCAUUUAUACAUUAGAUAGAUUUCACUUUAUAGUUCCUUUUAUAAAUAGAUUCCUUCAAUAUGCGCAUUCUUUCAAAUUUCCGAUAAUUCAAUUAACAUUUAAUCGAAUUGUUAGAGAAAUAGAUAUUCAAAGGAUCAGAGCUUUUAAAGCUGUGGAAGGUGGUAAAAAAGUUAAUUCAUAUCAUUCUCAAUCAAACAAAAAACAAAGAAAAUCUCUAAUUGAUUCUAAUAUUAUUGGAAAAUGCAUAUAUGAAGAUCCCAUUAACAUAAAUACCAAACAACUUCCAGACACUAAUCCAGAUCUAAUCAGACAUCUUCGUGACAUUUAUUUAAUAAAUAAAGAUGAAAUAGCAAACGCAGUAUACGGAUUAGGUGGUAAGUAUGUUUUAAUUGCUGGAUCUAAUCUUGAAUCAGAUAUUAUGAAGAUAACACAAAUUUUAUCAAAUAAUAACUUAACCCCAAUUGUAUUUUCCGAUUUGGUAGACCCAAAUUAUAACUAUAAUAUCCAAAAGCAUCAUUACUCAAAUCAUUCUAGUUAUAAACAAGAGAAACUUAAACAAUUAAGCGAUUACGGCGGAUAUUAUAUUAGUACAACAGAGUUUAUGAAUUCAAUUAGAAAAUUGCAUAUCAAACCUUCAUCUAUUGAAUAUUUAUUAUCAAAUCCACCAGUUCGUGUGUUUAACUUUUUGAUCUGA